GCAUAGAGUGUGGAAAGAGCUCCAUUGAAAAUGGAGAACGUGUCCAACAUCAAAGAACUCAUACAGGGGAGAAACCAUAUAAAUGCAUGGAGUGUGCAAAACGCUUCAGUUGUAAUGGAACGCUAACCAUUUAUCAGAGACCCCGCACAGGAGCGAAACCAUAUGAAUGUAUGGAGUGUGGAAAGAAUUUUAGUACGCGCUCACAUCUUAAUAUUCAUCAAAGAACUCAUACAGGAGAGAAACCAUAUAAAUGCAUAGAGUGUGCAAAGUGCUUCAGUGAUAGUGGAACGCUUGCUAAACAUCAAAAGACCCACACAGGGGAGAAACCAUAUAAAUGCAUGGAGUGUGCAAAGUGCUUCAGUUGUGGUGGAGCACUAAGCAUUCAUCAGAGAACCCACACAGGAGAGAAACCAUAUAAUUGCCUGGAAUGUGGAAAGAAUUUUAGUCGGCGCUCACAUCUUGAUAUUCAUCAAAGAACUCAUACGGGAGAGAAACCAUAUACAUGCAAGGAGUGUGCAAAGUGCUUCAUUGAUAGUGGAAAACUUAACGUUCAUCAGAGAACACACACAGGGGAGAAACCAUAUGAAUGUAUGGAGUGUGGAAAGAAUUUUAGUACACGCUCACAUCUUAAUAUUCAUCAAAGAACUCAUACAGGAGAGAAACCAUAUAAAUGCAUGGAGUGUGCAAAGUGCUUCAGUGAAAGUGGAACGCUUGCUAAACAUCAAAAGACCCACACAGGAGAGAAACCAUAUAAAUGCAUGGAGUGUGCAAAGUGCUUCAGUUGUGGUGGAACACUAACCAUUCAUCAGAGAACCCACACAGGAGAGAAACCAUAUAAAUGCCUGGAGUGUGGAAAGAAUUUCAGUCGGCGUUCACAUCUUAGUAGCCAUCAAAGAACUCAUACAGGAGAGAAACCAUAUAAAUGCAUGGAGUGUGCAAAGUGCUUCAGUUUUAGUGGAAAUCUUAACAUUCAUCAGAGAACCCACACGGGGGAGAAACCAUAUAAAUGCAUGGAGUGUGCCAAGUGCUUCAGACUUAGUGGAAAUCUUAACAUUCAUCAGAGAACCCACACAGGAGAGAAACCAUAUAAAUGCAUGGAGUGUGGAAAGAAUUUCAGUCAGCGCGCACAUCUUAGUGUUCAUGAAAAAACUCAUACAGGAGAGAAACCAUAUAAAUGCAUGGAGUGUGCAAAGUGCUUCAGUGAUAGUGGAACGCUUGCUAAACAUAAAAAAACCCACACAGGGGAGAAACCAUAUAAAUGCCUGGAGUGUGGAAAGAAUUUCAGUCAGCGCUCACAUCUUAAUAUUCAUCGAAGAACUCAUACAGGAGAGAAACCAUAUAAAUGCAUGGAGUGUGCAAAGUGCUUCAGUUUUAGUGGAAAUCUUAACAUUCAUCAGAGAACCCACACGGGGGAGAAACCAUAUAAAUGCAUGGAGUGUGCCAAGUGCUUCAGACUUAGUGGAAAUCUUAACAUUCAUCAGAGAACCCACACAGGAGAGAAACCAUAUAAAUGCAUGGAGUGUGGAAAGAAUUUCAGUCAGCGCGCACAUCUUAGUGUUCAUGAAAAAACUCAUACAGGAGAGAAACCAUAUAAAUGCAUGGAGUGUGCAAAGUGCUUCAGUGAUAGUGGAAUGCUUGCUAAACAUAAAAAAACCCACACAGGGGAGAAACCAUAUAAAUGCCUGGAGUGUGGAAAGAAUUUCAGUCAGCGCUCACAUCUUAAUAUUCAUCAAAGAACUCAUACAGGAGAGAAACCAUAUAAAUGCAUGGAGUGUGCAAAGUGCUUCAGUUGCAGUGGAACACUAACCAUUCAUCAAAGAAUCCACAAAGGAGAGAAACCAUUUAAAUGCCUGGAGUGUGGAAAGGAUUUCAGUCAGCGCGCACAUCUUAAUAUCCAUCAAAUAAGUCAUACGGGAGAGAAACCAUAUAAAUGCAUGGAGUGUGCAAAGUGCUUCAGUGGGAGUGGAACGCUUACUAAACAUCAAAGGACCCAUAUAGGAGAGAAACCAUACUAAAUGCCCGGAGUGUGGAAAGCAUUUCAGUCAGCGCACACAAAGUAGUAUUCAUCAAAGAACUCAUACAGGAGAGAAACCAUUUAAAUGUAUAUGGUGUGCAAAGUGCUUCACUGGUACUGGAAUGCUUGCGAAACAUAAAAAAAAAAACACGGGAGAAAUAAUAUAAAUACAUUGAGUGUGCAAAGUGCUUCAGUCGUGGUGGAACACUUAGCAUUCAUCAAAAAAACCACACAGGGGAGAUACCAUAUAAAGGUCUGGAGUGUGGAAAGAAAUUCAGUCGGCGCUCAUCAAAAAAUUCCUACAAGAGAAACCAUAUAAAUGCAUAGAGUGUGGAAAGUGCUUCAGUAAUAGUGGAAAUGUUACUCAGCACAAAGAACACAUACUGGGAAGAAACCAUAUAAAUGCCUAGAGUGCAGAAAGAAGUUUAGUCGGUACUGACAUCUUAGUUUUCAUCAAAGAACUCAUACAAGGGAGAAAUGAUAUAAAUUCAUUGAGUGUUGAAAGUGCUUCAGUGAAAAUUGAAA